GAGUCGGGCCACACCAAUUAAACUGAUUGGACUUUCACUUCGCCCAACGGGAAAAAAGAUAGCAGGGAAAAUUCUGAAUUUUUCCUCGGUUGCUUUCGUCGCAGGCUCCCCAAUUCCCUCGUUGCGGAUCUUGUCUCUCGAUCUGGUUGUCACUGAAACAGUAUCUCCUCCAUUUCUCCAUUUUCGUUUCCGUUGUACUGUUCUCUGCUCUCUCUUUCCAGUGAAACCCUGCAAUGUCGACGAACGAAGAUCCUGAAUUUCAAGAUGCGAUAGAACCUCCCCCGGCUCCGGCUCCGGCUCCGGCUCCGGCUCCGGCUCCAGAAUCUACUUCAACAGAGAAACACGAAUCUUCACCGGUGAAUGUGCAGGUUUCAGUUGGGGAGCCAGAAUCCGAGGCUCUAGCGAAUCGAGAGUCUGAACUGGUGACAGAAGUGCCAGAGGCCGUGGACGAGCAUGAACCUGAGCCAGCACCAGCUCCAGUUCCACCAGGAAUGGCCGAUUCGGAUUCGAAGGUUGACGAGGAGAAGGAGCCAAAAGAAGCUGCGAUUCAUUCCAAUGGAGAUGCGGAAGCUCAGUCAAACGACCGAGCUCAGAUGCGAAAAGACGAAGGGAACCGGACGUUUACGAUGAGAGAACUGCUCACUGAGUUGAAAACCGAGGAAGGAGAAGAUGCUGGCUCCCCUUACAGUAAUUGUUUCAGUCAAGAAACCCCACAACAACAUGCAGCAGAGCAGACUAAUGCUGCCAUGGAGUUGAUAAAUAGUAUCACUGGUGUCGACGAGGAGGGUCGGUCUCGUCAAAGAAUUCUGACGUUUGCUGCAAAAAGGUAUGCCACUGCGAUUGAGAGAAACCCGGAUGACUAUGAUGCUCUCUACAAUUGGGCUUUGGUUCUUCAGGAAAGUGCUGACAAUGUUAACCCAGAAUCAACCUCACCUUCAAAAGAUGCUUUGCUUGAGGAAGCUUGCAGAAAGUAUGAUGAGGCUACACGUCUUUGCCCGACACUUCAUGAUGCUUUCUACAAUUGGGCUAUAGCAAUUUCUGAUCGAGCAAAAAUACGUGGCCGUACAAAGGAGGCUGAAGAACUCUGGAAGCAGGCAACAACGAACUAUGAAAAAGCUGUUCAACUUAAUUGGAAUAGUCCACAGGCGCUUAACAAUUGGGGACUUGCUCUACAGGAACUCAGUGCAAUUGUUCCAGCUCGCGAAAAGCAGAAAAUUGUGAAAACAGCAAUCAGUAAGUUCCGAGCUGCAAUAAGGCUGCAAUUUGAUUUUCAUCGAGCAAUCUACAAUCUUGGGACCGUUCUGUAUGGACUGGCAGAGGACAUGAUGAGGGCUGGUGCAGGAACGAAUCCUAAGGACAUUUCCCCUAAUGAGUUGUACAGCCAAUCUGCUAUAUACAUUGCAGCUGCACAUGCAUUGAAGCCAAAUUACUCUGUAUACAGCAGUGCUUUGCGGCUUGUGCGUUCCAUGUUACCACUGCCAUACCUUAAAGUUGGAUAUCUCACUGCCCCGCCAGCCGGACGACCCAUUGCACCUCAUAGUGAUUGGAAAAGGUCACAGUUCGUUUUGAAUCAUGAAGGACUUCAGCAGUAUAACAAACCGGAUCUAAAGCAAGCGCCACAAAGCCUGUCCAGGAGAUCCGCAGAUGGUACCAAUGGUAAAAAUGCUGUCAAAGUUGAAGUUCCAGAUAUUACUUCAGUGUCAGCAUGUGCGGAUUUGACGUUGCCACCAGGCCCCGCCCUUUGUGUUGAUACAAUUCACGGACCAGUUUACUUGAUUGCCGACUCAUGGGAGUACUUGGAUGGAUGGCUUGAUGCAAUUCGCCUCGUCUACACGAUCUAUGCACGAGGUAAGAGUGAUGUCCUAGCUUCCAUCGUAACCAGCUGAUUUAUGAAGUUCUCUUGCGUCCACCAAGCCAUAGAACAUCAUUGUGAAAUUAUAGCUUCGUGCAUCCCAAUUCGGACUUGUGGAAUAACAAAAUUUGUAUAUUGUAGAAUCACUGUUUCAGCGCUUGAUUCUUUUGUGAAACUUUUGCUGUAUCAUCAAUGAAGUAAGAGACACAGUGGCUUCCCCCCCAUUCUGCUGCAAAGUGCAAAGUUUGGUUCGUCAUUUGUCGGUCUUCUGCGAGUUAUAAUAUGCAAAGUGUGAUGAUUCUUACUGUAAAUCACUCAAAUUUUCUAUUAGUUUCUUUAGAUCAUUCCAGUAUGCACCGGUAUUGAAGCUCGAGGAAUCGGGAUUCGGUAGGGGCUUGUGAGUAGGCUAAGCAUUGUAUCAAGAACUCCUUGCCUAGGAACCCACAAACUUCAUGCAGAUCGGCGGUUUGACCUUAGCCAGAGCAAGAACCGCCGACGGAAGAGUCCACAGCCCUUCCCCACAAAUCAACCCAGAAGCAACCGCCGGGAUCAUAAACUCUGCCUUCCUCGGCUUCAGUUUGCUCCAAGCAUACACAACUAAGCUUCCGAUGCACAUAUCGAUGGCGAAAUACGCCCCGACCAGAAACGGAAUAGCCAUCACCAUCGGCAACGGCAUCCAUCUUCUCACUACCUUCCCAGGAGCUGCGUCCCUCACCAUAUUAACCCCCACCGCGAAGGCGAAAAACCCGUAACAGAGCUGCAAGCAAUGCCGUGGCAGAGCCGAGAAGCCCUCCACCCCUAGAAUCGCCAUGUUUCUGUAUAUCAAGGCAUACGGAGCUUUGAACUCUCCGUACGGGUUCCCCACGUCGAAUGCCUUGUAGAACAAGAAAAAGCUCAACGGCGCCAUCAGACAGCCGAUGGCAGUUCCGAUCACCUGGCUCACGAACAUCGCCCUCGGCGACGUCUGUGUCAGGUGAGCCGUCUUGAAGUCCUGCAUCAGAAUGCAGGCCACGGAGACCACGGACUUGAUCAGCCCGCAGCCGGCCAGAGCUGCAACGACGCCGUUCUGUUUCCCGGCCACAGCUGCGAGCACAAACAGAGCAAUUUUGCCGUAGUUGUAAGCCAUGUUGAUAUCGGUUAAGCCGGCGCCGUAGGCGUUGCAGAAGGCCAGAGAUGGAGCGAGCACGUAUGCUACGACGACGUAGUACCAUUUGAGCUGUGGGAAUAUGGUCGGAACCACGAUUGUGGACAGGAUUGAGAAGGCUAUGUAGCCCGCCAUUGCUACCCACAUGGGUAUCUUCUCUCGCAGGAAAAGCUCUAUUUCUUUCUUAUCCUCCUGAACUUCCCCUGCCCUUCAUUACCUUCUGGUUUCAGCUUCUUGUUCUUCAACCUUCCGUGGAUGUUGAUGAUUGUGAAGCUCAUAAUCUUUAUGAAGUUGUAGAUCCCAUCUCCAAGGAUGAGUGCCACAAAGAGGAUUUGGAACCUUGUAACCAUAUAAGCUCUUCAUGCUGCUUUCUUGCAAAUCGGCUUCGAACCACUUCCCUUUGAGGCCGCCGAUGAGCGGCCACAUGAUCCCGUAAGAUAGCACAGCUCCGAAAAGCAGAGACAGGUUGACUUGGUGGGAGACGAUCAUCCCUGCUCCCACAUACGUUGUGUUGAAAUCAAAGAAAAACGUUUGCUUCCAAGCUUUCAACCCAAAGGUAGGGAACUGGUUGAACCCGCAUUGCUCUGUUUUAGCAUAGAACCACUUGAACAGUGCCCACAGGAAGGAGACUGAAAAGUACUUCAUGAACCCACGCACCUGUUUUCUGUAAAAAAAACCAUAAAGAUCGAAACUUUUUUAUCCGACGAACAGAACAACAACAUGGCUGUAAUCAAAAUCUUGAAUAAAAAUACCUACUUCGCCAUCUCGUCCCCUCGAUUGUGGAAUCCAUUGAUAAGAACUGCAGUCGCCAAGCCACUGGGAUAAGCCAAUUCCAAGUCCACUAUCAUCACCUUUCUGAGUGGAAUCAAGACGAAGAGCCCGACAAAGCAAACCACAAAAAGGUAGCCAAACAUCCAACCGAACCCAGGUUCCUUGACAGCAUAAGGAGAGUUUCCCUCCGUCUGCAACCCAGAAAGCUCGUAUGUCUUCCUGUUGAGCGCCAACAGAUAAGAAGCAAACCCGCCUCCCACCGUGAUGCUGUAACAAGCGACUGCACAGGUUUGGAUCAUGGUGUUCUCCUGUCGAGUAAACGGCCUGGUCACGUACCCCAAUUUUCCUACCAAAUUGUUCCACGCCCUUAUGAACACGAAAGCCAGCAGGGCGGCCGAGACGUUGAGAUUUGGGACUAAGCCAGUUGUUAGGUUCAGUUUCAUGGCGAUCACGCUGUACAUUGACCCGAUCAUGAUGCUCACUAUCAGUCCCCUGACUGUGAUCUGGCGAGUCCACGGCUGAGCUCUAAAGGAUCUCUCAUUCAAUGUCGAUGGAUCGUCCUCCUCGUGAUCGUUAUC